CAAUUUUUACACAAUUAUAAUCUGUCUAUGAUAUGAUAAUUAUCUUUUAACAUAAUUCAAUAGACGAAUAGAGAGCCUACUGAGAGAUACUUGUGACGCCACUGGGUUUGACUAGAUGGGAUACAGUUUGUAUCAGAAUUGAUUUCUCGUAGCAGGUUAGAAUUUACCGCUGCAGGUUAGGAUAAUUAACGUAGCAGGUUAGGACAACUAGGUUAAGGUUAGGAAAACGGUUAGCUAAAAUGCACAAAAAAGGGGGGGGGGGGGGGAGAAUCACCUUGACGUAAAUUUGACAAACGGUAUCCCCUCUAGCCAUGACCGCAACCACAUGCUGCUUGCUUGGUCAAACAGUUGGAUAAACCCAAAAGUAGUUACGUUAGUUAGCCAGUCGUUUAUUUCUUGGCCAUAUGAUAUACUAACGUUACAUAUUACUAAUGUCAAAACGGGUUUAGCAACAGCAUUAGCUAGCCACGAAAAUCAAAACUACAUGUUUACAGUUAAACAACAUAACCAUGACAGUGAGUUAUGGAGGCAUGAGUGGGAUUAUUAUCAACAUUAGAACACGGAGUUUGCCAGUUAAUACGAAUGUCUAUGGAUAUGAUUUCCCAUCAAAGCCCAUCAUCAUGACGAGGAAGCAACAUGGGAGAAGGGCGAGAAAGAAGAGGCAACGGGAGUGCAGAGAAACAACUGUUCAGUCAGUGACACUAUCUCAUGAACCACAAUUUGUGGCUCUAAGAAGAUGGCUGCAGCAGAGAGGCUUCAGCUCCAAGCUUCUAGUACCUGCACACUUCUCAGACACAGGACGUGGACUGAUGACCUUACAGCCUAUCAAGGCUGACGAUUUGGUGAUCUCCUUACCUGAAAAAUGCCUUUUAACUACCUCUACUGUUCUAAGGAGCUACAUUGGUGAAUACAUAGAAAGAUGGAAACCGCCUGUGUCUCCUCUCUUAGCUCUCUGUGCUUUCCUCAUCUCUGAGAGACAUUUUGGCCAACGUGCAGAAUGGAAGCCCUACAUCGACGUUCUGCCCAAAAAAUACACGUGCCCUGCUUACUUCUCAGAUGAGGUCAUCAACCUGCUGCCGGGGAGUCUGAGUGGGAAGGCCCUGGAGCAGAGAGCCAUAGUUCAGGAGCUGCACUCCUCUUCGUUGGACUUCUUCAGCUCCCUCCAGCCUCUCUUCAGUCAGCCCGUAGAGAGUGUGUUCACGUAUGAUGCACUGCGCUGGGCAUGGUGCAGUGUGAACACGCGCACUGUGUACAUGGAGCACCAACACAGCCCCUACAUGUCCAAGGAGAGAAAUGUGUAUGCCUUAGCCCCCUACCUGGACCUGCUCAACCACUGCCCAGCCAUACAGGUAAAGGCGAGCUUCAGCCAUGUGAGCAGGUGCUAUGAGAUCCGUAGCGUCCAAGGCUGCAAGAGAUUCCAGCAGGCUUUUAUCUGCUACGGUCCCCAUGACAACCAACGUCUCCUGUUAGAGUAUGGGUUUGUUGCUCCUGGAAACCCUCACAGUGUGGUGUAUGUGGACCAAGUUAUCCUUCAACAGUGCAUCUGUAUAACAGACAUAAAUCAGCUGGCACAGAAGCUAAUCUUCCUGAAGAAAAAUGACUUUUUAGCAAACUUGACCCUUAGUUUGGAUGGGCCCUCCUGGAGACUGAUGACCGCCCUCAGGCUGCUGUCACUUAAGACAGAACAAUACCCUUUUUGGAAGAGUGUCCUCUUGGGGGCGGUGGUGAGCCAGGACAGAGAGGAGUGGAGUGUCGAUGCAGCCCUUAGGCUUUGUCACUACCUGAUGGUUGACAACACUAGAGCUCUGGACAAGAUAUCCCAACUAACAGAGAGGGCAGACGCGUCUCUCAAGGAGCAGCUAGCUGUGGUGGAAUGUCUACGACGAGAGGAGCAAGGAAUUUUGGGUCUUAACCAGAAACAAUUGUUGCCAAGCAGACAGAACAGCAUGCACAACUUAGUAUGACGUUCCAGAACCAGUCACUUUAUUUAUCUAUCACUGGCUAUGCUUCUAUGAGGAGACAACCAUGUCUGUUUCAUUAUCAGUGCAAUGAAUUGGCUCAGCAAAAGGGCACGGUCACUAGCUAUGUUUCCAUUAACUUGUCCAGUGAUUUAUUUUUUUGGUCAACAUUUUGAACGAUUGCAUAGAAAAUAGAUGCGACAAUUGCCUGCUAGGGUGCAUUUCCAUUGAACUAUUUUGUCGAUUAAAAACCGCUGGACGUAAUAACAUCCCACCUAAAAAAACAAUUUACAACAAAAAUAAUAGCAGAAACCUAAUGUAGAAUAAAAAUGUGGUUCAAGUGUUUCCAUUACCCAUUUAGGCAAACUGCGCACUAAUAAAUGUACCACAACCUGUAUGCCCUCCCACCUAUCUGUUUAAUGUCUCAGGUAGCCCGCAAAAGCCAGCAUGGAUAGAAUGCAAUAAUCAGGGGCACAACUUUGGUUUUAGAAGUGUUGGGGACAUAAUUUUUUUUUAUCCAAUUGGAUAAACAGCCUACCUGACCGCUCAGAGGCAUCGGCAUGGUCCUAAAGCACACCGUUGCCUCAUUUUGUAUUACAUUCCAAUUAUAAAAAUGCAAUUUCAGAAUGUGGUGGGGGGGGGGGGGGGGAGACAUGUCCCCAGUGAAGUGAAAGUUGUGCCCCUGGCAACAAUUGACUAAUAUUUGCCAUAUUGUAAUAAUUCUCAUGUGCCAACGUAUAGCCUAGGCUCUAGCGCCCAUGGGCAGGCACUAUCGGCUGCCUAGGCUAGUCUGUGCCAUGUUGAAACUUGCACUGAAAUAAUUGGAAGGUGAAACUUGCAUUCAGCCAACCAGAAAAGCAAGGGGUAGUAUUCUUAAGUCAGGACAAUCCUUGUGCUAUUUUUAUAGUUGGAAAAUUGUUAUUUGUAAGCAGUAGGCAUUUAAUAUUUAAUGUAGAGUGGAUGAUGACAUCACGUGCCCACGUACCCUAAAAGUAUUCAGCAAUCUUAUCCAAAAAACAGUUACUGUCAAUUUGUCGCAACAAAGAAAGUUCGAAAUAUACAUUUUUUGGUCCAUCUUUAGAAAAUGUCUCUCAUCUGCCAUUUCCAUUACCCGCCGCAAUGAUUUUUUUUGCUACAUUGCUUUUGUUGAAUAAACCUGGGUCAAUGGAAACCUGUCUAUUGAUAGGUCAACGACCUCAGACAUCAGGGGUAUGUUAACGUUUGCUACAUUGCGGAACGGUUUGUACUGAAUGACACAUUUUCCCCAAACUUCUUGUAUGUUCUUGAACAGACUUUGAAAUACGUUUGCCCCGGUCGGUGGGUUUGCCAGGGUGUGGGUUGAAGCAAUGAGUGACGUAUUUGUAAAGGACAGCUGUGCAUUUUGUACCCACAACCAAACCCUGCCAUGUUUUUUUCCCCAAUUGGUCAUUCAGUACAGCACGGUUUCUGUUCAAUUGAACGUUCUAUUACGUUAUGUACUGAAUGCAGCCCUGUUAACUCUGGCCAAACACAGUGAGGGUCACUUGACAACAGAGCGUUGACUGGGAGGACAAACUAUUUGGAAGUGACCCGUCCCUCAACACUUCUGAUAUGCCCUCAGAGAGCGGUACAGGUGGACAAUGGUACUUCUCCAAUCCCAGAAAGCCUCCAGAAACAGGACAUUGUUGUUUCCCCACCUUAGAUUAAAUAAUUUAGCAAGAAUUUCUCUGGUCACAAAUGACAAACGAAAAGCAGUUGCAGUUUAUGUAGAAUUCAAGCUGGGUCAUGUUCAGUAAGGCACCAAACGGAAUAAAACUUCUCGGUUCUACUGAUGUUUGGUUUUCUGUUGCAAAUGAUUUGCUACGGUGUGUCAUACUAAACGCCACUGAUGUGUUGCUCUGUUGGAGGCUGUAAAAAAUGACAAUGCUUGAGGGUUAACCACAAAGGUUUUUAAUAAAAA